AUGAAGCUCAACCCGUUCGUCUCCAGAGAUUCCGGCAAGAGCCGUAAGAAUCACUUCAAUGCUCCCUCUCACGAGCGCAGACGGAUCAUGUCGGCUCCUCUGACCAAGGAUCUUCGCGUUAAACACGGAAUCCGCGCCAUCCCCAUCAGGUAUUAUUUUCAGUGUUAGGUUGCUUUUUUCCAUUAAGUAGUCCCGAUAACAUCUUUUGUGUGCUCGGUUUGGACAAAAUGGAGAAAUAGUUUGCACUUUACGUUAAUAUUACAUAAAACAUGUGUUUUAUUUUAGAAUGUAAAAUUGGAACAUUCAGAAUCGAAGACGAGGUCGUCGUAAUGCGUGGACGUCAUAAGGGAAACUCUGGCCGCGUCAUCCGUUGCUACCGUAAGAAGUUUGUGAUCCACAUCGAUAAAAUCACCCGCGAGAAGGCCAACGGCUCUACUGUGCACAUCGGAAUCCACCCAUCCAAGGUGAGGUUUGAAUAAACUAGUUCCGAUGCACAUUGUAAGUGAACGCAGGUACGCCAUUUACUAUGAAUACUUUUUCUAAUUUAUCUUAAUCUGUGUAGGUCGCUAUCACCAAGCUGAAGCUUGACAAGGAUCGCCGUGCUCUGGUUGAGAGGAAAGCCGCCGGACGGGCACGCGUCACUGGAAUUCUCAAGGGAAAGCAUACUGAAGAAAGCGUUAACUAA